UAUUGGUGGUGUGAAUGUGAAGAAACAAAUAAGUGUUUUUUGGUGUAGUUAACGCUGGGCUAAUAGCUGUAACUAAGUGGGCGUGGCACGUUUUGUUGUGUGACGUAGGCCGUGACGUUGGCAGUCGGCCCUAACUGGCGGAUAUUUUGAAAAUGGAAGGAAUGGCAAAGUUUUGGAGGGGAAAAGAGUUACAAUAUCGACCACGAUUUUAGGAUCUAAUGUCACAUUCGUCGACGCAUGCAGAACAUCCAUUUAACUGCAUGCGUCGAUAACGCCGACUUCGCUCAAGAUGAGUGUUUCAAUCGGCGUCAGAAUCGAGGAUUUUACGGUCCUCACCCUUCUUGGCAAGGGCUCGUUUGCAUGUGUUUAUCGGGCAAAGUCGAAAAAUACCGGUGUGGAUGUUGCAAUAAAAAUGAUUGACAAGAAGGCCAUGCACAAAGCUAGCAUGGUCCAACGUGUAACCAACGAGGUGGAGAUUCACUGUCGGUUGAAGCACCCUUCCAUCCUUGAGCUCUACAACUACUUUGAGGACAGCAACUACGUGUACCUGGUGUUGGAGAUGUGUCACAACGGAGAAAUGGGCCGCCACCUCAAAGACAGGAAGGCGCCGUUCUCUGAGGAGGAAGCGCGGCACUUCAUGCAUCAGAUCGUGAAGGGGAUGCUGUAUCUGCACACGCACGGCAUCAUGCACCGCGACCUCACCAUGUCCAACCUGCUGCUGACCAGCAGCAUGAACAUUAAGAUCGCCGACUUCGGCCUGGCCACGCAGCUCAAGCUCCCCACGGAGAAGCACUUCACCAUGUGCGGCACGCCCAACUACAUUUCCCCCGAGGUGGCCACGCGCAGCGCCCACGGCCUGGAGUGCGACGUGUGGUCGCUGGGCUGCAUGUUCUACGCCUUCCUCACGGGCCGCCCCCCCUUCGACACGGACACCGUCAAGCACACCCUCAGCAAGGUGGUGCUGGGGGAGUACCACAUGCCCGGCCACAUGACGCCCGAGGCCCAGGACCUCAUCCGGCAGAUGCUGCAGAGGGACCCGGCGCAGAGGCCCAGCCUGUCCACCGUGCUGGACCACCCCUUCAUGACCCAGAGCCUGCUGGCCCGCACCAAGGAGCUGGGCCUGGGCGACCCGGGCUCCAUGGACAGCGGCAUCGCCACCAUCUCCACGGCGUGCACCUCCUCCUCCACGUCGGGCGGCAGCGGCGGCAGCAACCGCCUCCAGCUGAGGGUGCGGCGCGCCAUGGGCUCCGCCCUGCCCAACCGCAUGACGCCCAUCCCCACGCCGCCGCCGCCGCACCACCCCGGCGGCGGCGGCAGUGGCUGUUACGAGGACGACGAGUCGUGGCUGGACCAGCGCUCGGAGGUGGCGCCCCGACCGGGCCGCGGCCGGGUGUUUGUCGGCGGGGACGACGGGCCGCCCCACUCACGGUACCUGCGGAGGGCUCACUCGUCGGACCGCGCCCCCUGCGCGGCGCCGGGCCGCAGCAGGGCGGAGCUGGAGCGCUGCCACUCGGAGGAGAACCUGAGGGCGGCCUUCCCCGCGACCUCCGCCCCCCAGGGCUUCACGGAGCACGCCAGGCUGCCCUCGCCGCCCAUCAAGCAACCCGCCAGCUCUGGAUGUUUGCGACCCAAGCAGAGCGGUAACCCACCAGGCAACCGGCAGCUCCAGGACUCGGGAGUGUACUCCAACUGGUUCAACAAAGAAGGGUCCGGCCUGCGGCCCGCAGACAGCAGCGCCCACAGCAGCGGCGGGAGCUUCCACAGCGGCAGGGAGCCACUGGGGGUCCACAACUCCUGGCCGGACCCCCACCACCACCACCACCACCACCAGCAGCAGCAGCAGCAGCGCGAGCGGCCGCUCAGCCCUCACUACCACCUCCAGCAGUCCUCCUACCCGCCCGACCCGGAGGACUACAGGGAGAACAUCCCGGGGGCUCCGGAGUUCCAGCCCCCCGGCGGACGAGAGCCGAAGCCCACCCAGAGCCUGACCUCCACGGGGGGGCAGACCAGGGACAAGAAGACCCUGAGGGACGUCCUCCCCCCGCUGUGCGCUUCCAGACUCAAGCCCAUCAGGCAGAAGACCAAGAACGCUGUGGUGAGCAUCCUGGAGACGGGUGACGUGUGCUUGGAGCUCAUCAAAGGUCAGGGCAGCCAGGAGCGGGUCAAGGAUGUCCUGCGCAUCUCCUGCGAUGGUUCCAUGGUCACCAUAUACCAGCCCAACGAUGGGAAGGGCCUUCCGGUGUCGGACAGACCCCCCGCUCCCCCCGAAGACAUCCUCAUCUGUAGCUACGAGGACCUCCCAGAAAAGUACUGGAAAAAGUACCAGUACGCGUCCAAGUUUGUGCAGCUGGUGAAGUCCAAGACGCCCAAAGUGUCCCUCUAUACCAAGUACGCCAAGUGCAUGCUGAUGGAGAACUCUCCCAGCGCCGACCUGGAGGUCUGCUUCUACGACGGGGCCAAGACCCACAAGACGUCGGAGCUGGUGCGCGUGGUGGAGCGGAGCGGCAAGGCGUGCACGGUGAAGGGCGAGGCGGGGCUGGGCGGCCUGAGCCCCGAGGGGCGCCGCUACGUGGAGCUGUCGGACGCGGGCCACGCCAUGUGUCUGGCCCUGGAGGCCGCCGUCGCGGCCGAGGAGUCCCGCAGCCUCAGGAACACAGCCUACUUCCCCAUCACCAUCGGCAGGAGACCGGCCGACACUGACUCUGCACUCCAGCCCUCCCAGCCAACCCCGGCGGACGUGGCCUCCCCUCCAGCACCGCGGAUCACCCCUUCGAUGAUCUCCUACGACGGCUCUGACUUCACCUCCGCCAGCCUGUCUAAGAAGUGUUCCCCGCGGGGGCGGGACCCCGCCCACUGCGAGGGGAAGGUGCUCAAGUCGGUGUUUGUGCCCAACAUUGGCUGGGCCUCGCAGCUGACGGGUGGAGAGGUGUGGGUGCAGUUCAACGACGGCUCCCAGCUGGUGGUGCAGGCCGGCGUCUCCUGCAUCGCCUACACGUCACCGGAGGGACACUCCAUCAGGUAUAAGGAGAACGAGAGGCUCCCGGAGCACGUGAAGGAGAAGCUGCACUGUCUCUCCAACAUCCUGGGGCUGCUGGCCAACCCGGCCAUCCAGCGCCCCCACCAACCCCACUGAGCCUGCCCUGUUGCUGGGCAACCAGCACGGCCGUCACACCUUCAGGCAGCUUGUAAAGAUGUGGAUGUGACUGUUUUUUUUAAAUGUACAGAAAUGUUAAAGAUUAUGAAAAGAUAUUUUUUUAAUGAUUGAAUGAAUACCGGUUUGUACAGUUUAUAUAUCGGCAAUUGUUUGAGUGUUUGUCCUUUUAUUUGUUUUUCUUAUGUUGAACUCCAAACAUGUUUUCUAAUGAAAUGGCAGAUGUGAUUGCUGAGGCAAUAAAUUUGUUGGAGAAUCGAUGCACUUUAUUUUAACUUCUUCUCUCCACACUUGGAAACAUUUUGUGGAACAAAAAAAAAAACAUUAAAGGUUUCCGAGCUAUACCUCAUGGUUUGAGUCCGGCGUUGAAAAGCAGGUUGUAUAGAAGCCAACACAUACCUCCUGAAUCCUGCGUGUUGAUGUAACGUUUUACAUAAAUACGGUCUGAGCAGCGUGAUGCAGCGUUUCUGGACCGGCACACUGGUAUGUGUUAAAGCGUCAAAUACAUUGAAUAUAUCGAUAGAAAACUAAGGCCUUGAUGUAAUUUAAUAGACCACUAAAGCCCAUGAUGAAAACAUGCUGUUAGAAAUUGUUAAAGAAAAGUACAAGUUGAUUUAGUAGGUUGGUUAACAAAGUACCACAAGCCUUUUCUGCGUUUCAAACUCAGACCGGUUUCCUUUUCUACACGUUUCGGCAAACCUCUGAUCUCCAGUGUAAGACCAGGAGUGCUGGAUGUUGUCCGUGGUCAUCCAAGGCCAUACUAUCCAGCAAAAACGAAAUAGCUUAUCGCGUCUCAUAGAAAUUCAAGCGGAAACCGCCAUAUUUAAUUUGCUUGAACAAGUCUGCCUAUCCUAAAGUCCUGGCUUUCAGUGAGUUUCACCGGGGCCCGACCACUAUUACAGGGGAAAAAAGUACUUUAAUAUUACAGGGCUGGGCCGGAUCAUUCAUUGAGAUUUGAGAGGCACAAUCUUUUGUACCUUCAUAUAACCUAUGACCAGUGGCGGCUCGCCUAUGGAGGGCGCUGGGGCGCCGCCCUCCCGCCGACCGGACAUCUUUUCAUUUU